CAUCCUUCCAUGUCCAGACUUCGGAAAUGACACUAUAUACCACCGAAGACCAUGGCAGACUCUGGACCCUCUCCCGACCCCUCUCCGCCCGCCGUCGCCGCUGAGCAUGAAAAGCACGGUGAGGGGAACCCGGCGAGCCCUGCGGGGACAUCACCGCCGGUAUCGUCGAUAAACGGUGCUCGACGCCAGCUGCUGGCAGCUCUCAGAACAACGGAUGGCACUGUCGACCGCUUGGACAGGCUCAUGGCCACAGCCGCCGGUCAAGAACGAGUCCUCGCAGUAACCGGCUAUCUCGCACAUACACUUCAUCACAUCCUAUCCUCUGCACCAUGGAUAGCCUUCCAGACGCGUCUAAGCCUUCUCGCCCGGCUACGAAACCACUCCAAAUCCCCCAAUUCUAAGCCCACAUCCUCAUCGUCGCAAAAGUCGCGACUUCUCGCCCUCUCCUCCCUCAUGUCCGAGACUCGCUUUACACUACGACUUCUUGGCCUCGUUCCACUCUGGACUUGGGGCUCUCAGACAAUCAAGUCCCCGCCCUCCGACCGCAUCCUCUACAUCCUCACCCUCCUCCAAGUCUUCGUGAACAUCAUCUAUCAGGCCCUCGAGAACGUCGGCUAUCUUGCAUCAAAGGGCGUAGUCUCGAAACGAUUCGUCGACCGAUGGGGUGGUAUCGAUAAGUGGUAUAUCUGGAGCACAAGGGCAUGGUUCGGACACAUCUUCUUCCAGUUCUUCGUCCUAUGGAGAGGGACGGUAUUGCGGAAGAAGAAAAUGGCUACUGCGGAUAGCAAGGAGAAACGAGAUGCUUUGAAGGCAGAGAUUCGGUCAUGGAGGAAGAGUCUUAUGAACAACGUAUGCUGGGCUCCGUUGUGUCUACACUGGUGCUUCGAGAAGGGCAUUGGAUUCCCGGAGCACUUGACUGGGUUUGUCAGUUUCCUGGCUGGUGCUUGGGAAUUCUGUGACUCCUGGGCUGCGACAGGGUCGUCGUGAGCUGAAUAGGUUACAGUUGGCUUGGAUUUGGUAUUCUUUUGAGCGUUUAUAUCCUGGUUUUGGCUUGUGGGGUGGGUGGAGGCUAUAGAGAAUUAGAUCAGGAACGGAAGACGGCUAAUCCAUUAGCUUGCUAUACUAAAUAAGGAGAAAUCAUGUAUGAGCAUAACCCCAGACUUAUCCACC